AUGAGACUUGAAAAAGAAAAAUGGGUGGCUGACUCCUCUAAAGGCACCAAACGGCCACCAGUAAAGAUUCCACAGGGAGAUACUGCUGCUCUAAUUGGGGAACACAAGCUAACUCUUACAGCAUCCCAUAAAGACUCUCAAUCUCGACAAACACCCCAAGCUCAAAGAACAGAGUGGAGACCAGUUGCUAGUGGAUCUCAGAGAGAAAACCCUUCGAAGUCUCUCCACUCUAUUGUCUCCCACACUCCCUCCCCAAGAACGCAAAGGGAAGGGGGAUCACUGAACCGAACGUCUACUCUAGAGUCCAGACGGAAGUCAGGGAAUGGAAGCGCCACAUCACAGGAGCGAAGGUCGGCUCUUGAACACCUCUCUCUCCCUGAAGGUCGUAUUCCCCUGCUACAAGAUGGGGUGGCAAAUGCAGAGUCAGGAAGACUCCAAAAAGUGGAUAUCCAACUGAUAGACGAGAUCAUAUCUCCAAACUUCCCAGGAGGGAGUAACAUUCUUUCUGGAUCAAGGAACCCGACUCCUACGGUAGAGGAACAUUAUGAUCCAAACCAGACCAGAUCCCCUAUAAGAGGAAGAUUUGCCGAAUCAAGUAAAGAGGAAAAGCUCCAAACCUCCUACCUCUACGGGUGCUUGACUUCCUCAGGAAAAGAAGAGAACCGUGAGAAGAUCAACUCAAAGCUCCCAAGGGAUAAGUGUAAAGAGAAGGAGAACAACAAAGAAUUAGUACUCCCCAAGAAGGAGAGAAACUACUGA